UGUGUUUGUGCGCAGUUUGACAGAAAUGGCGAGCCACAAGUUCAUGAGAGCUGUAAGAGUCAGUGAGUUUGGAGCGCCGUCAGUCCUCAAACUGUGUUCAGAUGUUCCGGUGCCACAGACGGGACACAGAGAGGUAUUGAUCCGCGUCCAUGCAUGUGGGGUGAACCCUGUGGAAACGUACAUCCGAGCUGGGAGCUAUGCCCGCAGGCCUACCUUACCGUACACACCUGGCACUGAUGUAGCUGGGGAUGUGGUGGGUGUAGGAGAGGGAGUCACUGCGUGGAAGAUAGGCGAUCGUGUAUUCACCACAUCUACAGAAUCAGGAGGCUAUGCAGAAUACACCGUAGCAAAAGACGACUCUGUCCACAGACUGCCUGAUGGUCUAGACUACAAGCAGGGAGCCGCCAUCGGGAUCCCCUACUUCACCGCCUACAGAGCGCUGUUUGAUAAAGCUCAUGCCAAAGCUGGAGAGACUGUUCUCAUCCAUGGAGCAAGUGGAGGGGUUGGCUUGGCUGCCUGUCAGUUAGCCCGCUUCCUGGGUUUGACAGUUCUUGGAACGGCCGGGACACAGGAAGGAAUGGAGCUGGUACUGAAGAACGGUGCUCACAAGGUCUUUAACCAUAGAGAGAAGGACUACACGGACAAAAUCAUGGAAGCCACAGAGGGUCGAGGCGUCCACGUGAUUGUAGAGAUGCUGUCAAAUGUCAACCUCAGCAAGGACCUGCAGAUGUUGGCCUAUGGAGGGCGAGUUACCAUAGUGGGCAGUAGAGGCUCAACAGAGAUCAACCCCAGAGACAUCAUGGUGAAAGAGAGCAGUGUCAUUGGAGUGGCGGUUUUCUUUGCUACACCGGAGGAGAAGAGCAGCUGCGCGGCCUUGCUUUCCACAGGGAUGGGAGACGGUUGGCUGUGUCCGGUGGUGGGUCGCCAGUAUCCGCUAAACAUGGCUGCCCAGGCCCACCAUGACAUCAUCGAGAGUCCCGGGGCUGCAGGGAAGAUGGUGCUAACCAUGUGAAUGUGUGAAGUCGAAGGUCACUAAAGAGGUCAGCAAGUUCAUGUAGAAGAUUCAAGAUCCAAGUUUACUUCAUUUGUCCUGAGGGAAAUUUGUCUUGGACAUAAAGGCUGCCACAUAAAAAUACAUGUAACGGAUAUAAAGUGCGUAGAACAGAAGUGCAGAGGAAGCAACACGUGUUUUCUCCAGUUGUGGGUCAUUGGCCAAAAUAGGUCACAUGCCGGCCUGUUUCUGAUGGUCUCCAUAAGAAUAUACGUUUUGUUGUACCUGAGACCCAACUGUGAGAAUGACUUGACUCAGUUUAGAGACACCUGAACUACAGUGUGUGUGUGUGUGUGUGUGUGUGUGUGUGUGUGUGUGUGUGUGUGUGUGUGUGUGUGUGUGUGUGUGCACGCGCUUUUAUUCCAUUGUAACAUGCAACACACUUGUAUUAGAAAGAUUUGAGAUAAUAAAGAAUGUUAAAUGGAAACAUUUAUAUAACCUUUGAUUCAACUGUUACCUAACAAACGGUGUAAAAAUACGCUUUGGAUCAUUUUCUUAAUGAGAAUAUUGUAUUAUGAAUGUGUGGAUUUUUUUUUUCUACUUUAUUUUUAAUUUUCUGCUUUGACUAAUUCUGCAACCCAACCAAAGCUUAAUAUCUUGAAUAAUCUUUAACUAAUUUAGGACCGAGUGGAGAAGUGAAGUAUAUAUAGAGCUGCUGAAUCAUCAUGAAUUCAUUUUCUACUUCCUGUGAUUAUGAACAGUCAGCUUCCCACUGUCGCUUUGGCAGAGCUACUUUCCUCUGUCACCGGGUCUGUUGACACAUUACAGUACGGUUCAUGAGAUGUCAGAGAAUAACUCCUUUAUUUUGGAGGCCCCUGAAAAUAAAA